CGCAAAAAAAAAAAAAAAAAAAAAAAAAAGAAAAAAAGAAAGUAGAAGACCAGCGUCGGUCGUCACGGACCUUUUACCAGGUUCAUUAACUCACGUCCAGUCUUAUUUUAUUCACACUCACCAGCUUCCCAUGUGCUCUGUAUUAUUUAGAAGCAGAUACCAGGCAGCAUAUUUAUUUUAUUUUAAAAUAUUUCUCAAUAAGUAUCACCGAAAGGAAAGACUUCUUUCUGAAUUAAAUUGCUGUAGCUGCUUGUGUGAACAUUUUAAGGAAGUCUUUCCCAUUUUAAUUUAAAGGCGGUGCUUCAUUUGAGGAGAAGUUUGCAAGCACUUUUUUCUUCUUUUGCUAGAUUGUAGUGGGUGACGGCAUUUGUGCCACCGUUAGGAUCAGUAGGUUUCGUUUGAUUUCAGGAGUGAUCACAAUUCUGAAGUGAGAACGACAGGAUCAAAACACUGUUUUAUUUACAAAGGUGACGUUCUCUGUGCGGUGUGGCUGUCAAGACCGUUUGGAAGCCAGAGGCUCUGGGGGAGGUGGGCACAGCUGGUGGGGACCUUUUCUGGAGCGGUUGCUGUAUGGGGUAAACCAGCAGAGAGUCUAGGAGAAGAAAUCAGGAAGCCUCACACUGCGCUCAAAGUGACCUUUCCCCCGAAAGGCCCCAUCUUGUCACUUCUCUGCUUAAUACCCUCUGUUGGCUUCUCACUGCCUCCACACAGGCCAGGGGUUCUGGUGUGAUUUUUAAGGUUUUCUCACCCCUCAGCCCCUCCGGGACUCUCGUUUCUCUGCCUUGGCCUGGAGGCAGAUGGCCUCUUCGGCCUCUGCGGGGCCCCGCCCACCCGUCCUCCCUCACCUGCCGGUCUGCCCCUGGUCUGCAGCAUAUUCGUCCUCGGAGCCUCCUGGCCCCACCUUCAGACUAUGGGCAGAGUCCGACACCUUCUGUCUCUACUUGUGCCGUCCGCCCACGUGGCCAUUUUUCCUGCUGGAGUUCCUGCAGCGGCUCCCUGACUGGUCUCCGCAUCCGCCCGCCGCCUGCAGACUCUUUCCUCGGUCCCUGCGUCCUCCGCCCGGUGCCCCCCAGACCCUUGGCUCCAGACCUUCAGAGUCCUCUUCCUGAGAAGCUGCCCCACCUCCACUUUAAAAUCUUACCCCUCCCUCCAAAUUGCCUGUCUUCCUUCCGUGCCGUGGUUUUUCUCUCAUUUUACCUUUUACGUAUUGUACUGACCCUGACUCUGUCCUCACUAGACGGCAGUUGAGCUCUGCGAAGGAGGGAGUUGCUGCCUGUGACGUUUACUGCCGCCUCCGCAGUGCCUGGAGCAGCCUUCCGCCCGUGGCAGGUGCUCUGGAAACAGUUCUUCGUCAGAGUCCGCGGAGGUUCAUCACCGGAGGGAGAGAGGUCGUCGGUGUGCUUCUCCGCGGUACAUGUUUUUGGCCUGUACGGCAGGACCUCUAUCCAGAUUUGCCUGACACUGCAGGGUCCAAGAGAAUUAAAGAAAUAUGGAGUGACAUGAAGAAGAUUAGUCAAGGAUUAUAGGCUCUGAGGACAAACCCUCAGUGAAGUGAAGCACAGACAAGCUCCUGAGCUCUGGUCUGGAGGAGCCGUGUGUUGGGAGAAGAUGGCGGAUCCAGGAAUGAUGAGUCUUUUCGGCGAGGAUGGGAAUAUUUUCAGCGAAGGCCUCGAAAGCCUGGGAGAAUGUGGUUACCCCGAAAAUCCCGUGAAUCCCAUGGGUCAGCAGAUGCCGAUAGACCAAGGCUUUGCCUCCUUGCAGCCUGCCCUCCACCAUCCCAACGCGAAUCAGAAUCAAACCAAGUUGACCCACUUCGAUCACUAUAAUCAGUACGAGCAGCAAAAGAUGCAUCUGAUGGACCAGCCGAACAGAAUGAUGAGCAAUGCCCCUGGGAACGGACUGGCGUCUCCCCACUCGCAGUACCACACCCCGCCCGUCCCCCAGGUCCCCCACGGGGCCGGCGGCGGCGGCAGCAGCGGCGGGGGCGGCGGCGGCGGCGGGGGCGGCGGCGGCCAGAUGGGUGUCUACCCCGGCCUGCCGAACGAGAGGCACGGGGGUCAGUCUUUCGUGGACGGCGGCUCCAUGUGGGCUCCCCGGGCCGUGCAGGUGCCGGACCAGAUCCGAGCCCCCUACCAGCCGCCACCGCCGCAGCCCCAGGCGGCCCCGUCGGGGCCCCCCGCGCAGGGUCACCCCCCGCACCUGCAGCAGCUGGGCGGCUACCUGGCGCGCGGGGACUUCUCCAUGCAGCAGCACGGGCAGCCGCAGCCGAGGAUGGGCCAGUUUCCCCCGGGGCAGGAGGGCCUCGGGCAGGGAAGCCCCUUCAUCGCCGGCCCCGGCCACCUGUCGCACGUGCCCCCGCAGAGCCCCGGGGUGGCGCCGAGCCUGCGCCACGCGGUGCAGCCCUUCCACCACCACCCCCCCGCCGCUCUCCACGGGGAGCCCGUCGCCCACAGCCCCCGGUUCUCCCCCAACCCUCCCCCGCAAGGGGCUGUGAGGCCGCAGACCCUUACCUUUAGUUCUCGGAGCCAGACCGUCCCCUCACCUACUAUAAACAACUCAGGGCAGUAUUCUCGCUAUCCUUACAGUAACCUAAAUCAGGGAUUAGUUAACAAUACAGGGAUGAAUCAGAACCUAGGCCUUACAAAUAAUACUCCAAUGAACCAGUCCGUCCCAAGGUACCCCAACGCUGUAGGAUUCCCGUCGAACAGUGGCCAAGGACUCAUGCACCAGCAGCCUCUCCACCCCAGCGGCUCCCUUAACCAAAUGAACACGCAAACUAUGCACCCUUCGCAGCCUCAGGGAACUUACGCCUCUCCGCCUCCCAUGUCACCCAUGAAAGCAAUGAGUAACCCGGCGGGCACCCCUCCUCCGCAAGUCCGGCCCGGAAGUGCCGGGAUCCCGAUGGAAGUCGGCAGUUACCCAAAUAUGCCUCACCCGCAGCCGUCUCACCAGCCCCCUGGCGCCAUGGGGAUCGGACAGAGGAACAUGGGCCCCAGGAACAUGCAACCGUCCCGUCCGUUUAUGGGCAUGUCCCCGGCGCCGAGGGAGCUGGCCGGGCACCUGAGAGCCAACGGUUGUCCCGGCGUCGGCCUCACAGACCCGCAGGCGAUCCAGGACCGGCUGCUCCCUGGCCAGCAGCACCCCGGGCAGCCGCCGGCCUUCCAGCAGUUGCCAAGCUGCCCUCCGCUGCAGCCCCACCCGGGCCUGCACCACCAGGCUUCGCCCCCGCCCUCGCACCACCAGCCUUGGGCACAGCUCCACCCCUCGCCCCAGAGCGCCCCGCAGAAAGUGCCUGUGCCGCAGCAUUCUCCAUCGGAGCCCUUUCUAGAGAAACCAGUGCCGGAUAUGACUCAGGUUAGUGGACCGAACGCUCAGCUAGCGAACAGUGAUGAUUACCUGCUGUCAGUAGAACAGCAGCCGCAGCAAAAGAAGAAGAAAAAGAAAAACAACCACAUUGUUGCAGAGGAUCCCAGUAAAAGUUUUGGUAAAGAUGCCUUCCCUGGUGGAGUUGAGAACCAAGAACUAAACAGGAACUCACUAGAUGGGCCCCGAGAAGAGACAAAGAGAAAGAAAAGGCCGAAGGCAAAAAAAGAUCCCAAGGAACCGAAAGAACCCAAGGAGAAGAAAGAGCCCAAGGAGCCCAAGACCCCGAAAGCCCCUAAGAUUCCCAAAGAGCCAAAGGAAAAGAAAGCAAAAACUGCCACGCCAAAACCCAAAUCCAGCAAAAAGUCAAGUAAUAAGAAACCUGAUUCAGAAGCAAGUGCUUUGAAGAAAAAGGCCAACAAGGGAAAAACAGAAGGUUCUGAGAAUUCAGACUUAGACAAAACACCCCCAUCAUCUCCUCCUCCUGAAGAAGACGAGGACCCAGGUGUUCAGAAGAGACGGUCCAGCAGGCAGGUGAAGAGAAAGCGGUACACCGAGGACUUGGAGUUCAAGAUCUCCGACGAGGAGGCCGGUGACGCAGACGCUGCUGGGAGAGACUCCCCCUCCACAACCUCGCAGUCGGAGCCGCAGGAAUCUGUUGAUGCAGACGGUCCAGUGGUAGAAAAAAUUAUGAGUAGUCGUUCAGUAAAAAAACAGAAGGAAUCUGGAGAAGAGGUAGAAGUUGAGGAGUUCUACGUGAAAUACAAAAACUUCUCUUAUCUUCAUUGUCAAUGGGCAUCUGUAGAAGAUCUGGAAAAAGAUAAGAGAAUUCAGCAAAAGAUUAAACGAUUUAAGGCAAAGCAGGGCCAGAACAAAUUCCUUUCAGAGAUUGAAGAUGAGCUUUUUAAUCCAGAUUACGUGGAGGUUGACCGGAUAAUGGACUUUGCACGUAGCACAGAUGACCGGGGAGAGCCUGUGACUCACUACCUGGUGAAGUGGUGUUCACUGCCUUAUGAGGACAGCACGUGGGAGCUGAGGCAGGACAUAGACCAAGCCAAGAUCGAGGAGUUCGAGAGGCUGCUGUCCCGGGAGCCGGAAACAGAGCGCGUGGAGCGACCUCCUGCCGAUGACUGGAAGAAAUCGGAGCGUUCCAGGGAGUAUAAAAACAAUAACAAACUCAGGGAAUACCAGUUGGAGGGAGUAAACUGGCUGCUUUUCAAUUGGUACAACAUGCGAAACUGCAUUUUAGCAGAUGAAAUGGGUUUGGGAAAAACUAUCCAGUCCAUUACAUUUCUCUAUGAGAUAUAUUUGAAAGGAAUCCAUGGCCCUUUUUUAGUAAUUGCCCCAUUGUCCACAAUCCCCAACUGGGAAAGGGAAUUCCGGACCUGGACAGAGUUGAACGUGGUUGUGUAUCAUGGGAGUCAAGCUAGUCGUCGGACCAUUCAGUUGUAUGAAAUGUACUUCAAAGAUCCCCAGGGUCGAGUGAUCAAGGGGUCCUAUAAGUUUCAUGCCAUCAUCACUACGUUUGAGAUGAUUCUGACCGAUUGUCCUGAGCUGCGGAGUAUUCCCUGGCGCUGCGUGGUCAUUGAUGAAGCCCACAGGCUGAAGAAUCGGAACUGCAAGCUGUUGGAGGGACUCAAGCUGAUGGACUUGGAACACAAAGUACUGCUGACAGGGACCCCGCUCCAGAACUCCGUGGAAGAGCUCUUCAGCUUGCUUCACUUCUUGGAACCAGGUCGAUUCCCUUCGGAAACCACCUUUAUGCAAGAAUUUGGUGAUCUGAAAACCGAAGAGCAGGUGCAAAAACUCCAGGCUAUUCUAAAGCCAAUGAUGUUGAGACGUCUCAAAGAGGACGUGGAAAAGAACUUGGCCCCCAAGGAAGAAACGAUCAUCGAAGUCGAGCUAACAAACAUUCAGAAGAAAUAUUACCGAGCCAUCCUUGAGAAGAAUUUUACGUUUCUUUCCAAAGGUGGUGGUCAAGCUAACGUACCCAACCUUUUAAACACUAUGAUGGAAUUACGGAAGUGCUGCAAUCAUCCUUACCUUAUUAACGGUGCUGAAGAGAAAAUUUUGGAAGAGUUUAAAGAAGCACACAGUGCCGACUCUCCAGAUUUUCAGCUCCAGGCCAUGAUCCAGGCUGCUGGGAAGCUCGUGCUGAUUGACAAGCUGCUGCCGAAGCUGAAGGCCGGCGGCCACAGGGUGCUCGUCUUCUCCCAGAUGGUGCGCUGCCUGGACAUCCUGGAAGACUACCUCGUUCAGAGACGGUACCCGUACGAAAGGAUCGACGGCCGGGUCAGAGGGAACCUCCGCCAGGCAGCUAUCGACAGGUUCUCCAAACCUGACUCUGACAGAUUCGUCUUCCUCCUGUGUACAAGGGCAGGAGGUUUAGGCAUUAAUCUUACUGCUGCUGAUACCUGCAUCAUCUUCGAUUCCGACUGGAAUCCCCAAAAUGACCUCCAGGCUCAGGCUAGAUGUCAUAGAAUAGGACAGAGCAAAUCUGUGAAAAUCUACAGGCUGAUUACAAGGAAUUCUUACGAGAGGGAAAUGUUCGACAAAGCUAGCUUGAAGCUCGGUCUGGAUAAAGCUGUCCUGCAGUCCAUGAGCGGAAGAGAAAACGCUCCCAACGGGGUACAGCAGCUUUCCAAGAAAGAAAUAGAGGAUCUCCUCCGGAAAGGGGCCUACGGUGCACUCAUGGAUGAGGAGGACGAGGGGUCUAAAUUCUGCGAAGAAGAUAUCGACCAGAUUCUCCUCCGGCGAACCCACACCAUCACCAUCGAGUCUGAGGGAAAGGGUUCCACGUUUGCUAAGGCCAGUUUUGUUGCAUCUGGAAACAGGACAGAUAUUUCCUUGGAUGAUCCAAAUUUCUGGCAAAAGUGGGCUAAGAAGGCGGAGUUGGAUAUUGAUGCCUUAAAUGGGAGGAACAACCUGGUUAUUGACACUCCAAGAGUGAGGAAGCAAACCAGGCUGUACAGUGCAGUGAAGGAGGACGAGCUCAUGGAAUUUUCAGACUUGGAGAGCGAUUCCGAAGAGAAGCCCUGCACGAAGCCACGGCGGCCGCAGGACAGGUCCCAGGGCUAUGCCAGGAGCGAGUGCUUCAGAGUAGAGAAGAACCUGCUUGUCUAUGGCUGGGGGCGCUGGACAGACAUCCUUUCCCAUGGCCGCUACAAGCGUCAGCUCAGCGAGCAAGACGUGGAAACCAUCUGCAGGACGAUCCUCGUGUACUGCCUCAACCACUACAGGGGGGACGAGAACAUCAAGAGCUUCAUCUGGGAUCUGAUCACGCCCACGGCCGACGGCCAGACGCGAGCCCUGGUCAACCAUUCCGGUUUAUCAGCCCCGGUGCCCAGGGGGCGGAAGGGCAAAAAGGUGAAAGCCCAGAGCUCGCACCCGGUGGUGCAGGACGCCGACUGGCUGGCCGGCUGCAACCCAGAUGCCCUGUUCCAGGAGGACAGCUACAAGAAGCACCUGAAGCACCACUGCAACAAGGUCCUGCUGCGUGUCCGCAUGCUGUACUACCUGAGACAAGAAGUGAUAGGAGACCAGGCGGAGAAGAUCCUAGAGGGCGCCGACUCAAGUGAAGCUGAUGUGUGGAUACCUGAGCCUUUCCACGCGGAAGUCCCCACAGAUUGGUGGGAUAAGGAAGCUGAUAAGUCCCUCCUGAUUGGCGUGUUCAAGCACGGGUACGAGAAGUACAAUUCCAUGCGAGCUGACCCCGCGCUCUGCUUCCUGGAACGAGUUGGUAUGCCCGAUGCCAAGGCCAUCGCUGCCGAGCAGAGAGGAACAGACAUGCUAGCAGAUGGCGGUGACGGGGGAGAAUUUGAUAGAGAAGAUGAAGACCCAGAAUAUAAACCAACCAGAACGCCGUUCAAGGAUGAAAUAGAUGAAUUUGCAAAUUCUCCUCCAGAAGAUAAGGAAGAACCCAUGGAAAUACGCGGCCCAGGCAAGCACAGCGAGGGCAGCGCUGAGUUAGGCCAGCUGUACUGGCCCAAUACCUCGACCCUGACCACCCGUCUGCGCAGGCUCAUUACCGCCUAUCAGCGCAGCUAUAAAAGGCAGCAGAUGAGGCAGGAGGCCCUGAUGAAGACCGACCGGCGGAGACGGCGGCCCCGGGAGGAAGUGCGGGCCCUGGAAGCUGAAAGGGAGGCUAUAAUAUCGGAGAAACGGCAGAAGUGGACCAGACGGGAAGAGGCGGACUUUUACCGCGUGGUGUCCACGUUUGGGGUUAUUUUUGACCCGGCGAAACAGCAGUUCGACUGGAACCAAUUCCGAGCCUUUGCCAGGCUUGACAAGAAGUCCGAUGAGAGUCUGGAGAAGUACUUCAGCUGCUUCGUGGCCAUGUGCCGGCGGGUGUGUCGCGUGCCCGCCAAGCCAGAUGGCGGUAGGUUCGCCGGGCACGGAACAGCGGGGCGGGGGCGGGGCGGGCGCCCUCGGGUGACUCGCGCUCCCCCUGCCGCAGAGCCGCCCGACCUGCCCUCGGCGAUCGAGCCCAUCACGGAGGAGCGCGCCUCGCGCACCCUGUACCGCAUCGAGCUGCUGCGGAAGAUCCGCGAGCAGGUGCUGCGCCACCCGCAGCUGGCCGAGCGGCUCCGGCUCUGCCAGCCCAGCCUGGACCUGCCCGAGUGGUGGGAGUGCGGCAGGCACGACCGCGACCUGCUGGUGGGCGCCGCCAAGCACGGGGUCAGCCGCACGGACUACCACAUCCUCAACGACCCCGAGCUCUCCUUCCUGGACGCGCACAAAACCUUCGCCCAGACCCGAGGGGCGGCCGGCGCCCCGGCCCUGAACGCGCUGGCCCUGGGCCUUGGCCAGACGCCCGCCGCCGCCGCCGCCGCCCCCUCCGCCGCCGCCCCCCCGGGCCAGGAGGAGAAGGCGGGAGGGGCCGAGGCCAAGGCCGGGGAGGCGGGGGAGGCCGAGGUGAAGGAGGAGGAGGAGGAGGCCGAGGGCGGCGGGAAGGACCGGAAGCAGGACCGCGAGGCCGAGGCCGAGCCCGGCGCCGGGAAGAGCGAGCCGAGAGGGGUGGAGGUCAGUGCGGACCCGGGGCCCAAGUCCAUUUCAGAAAAGGGUUCCGAGGAGGACGAAGAGGAAAAGCUGGAGGACGAUGACAAGUCGGAAGAGUCUUCGCAGCCCGAAGCAGGAACUGUCUCGAGAGGGAAGAAUUUUGAUGAAGAGAGCAAUGCUUCCAUGAGCACUGCUAGGGAUGAGACCCGAGACGGAUUCUACAUGGAGGAUGGAGAUCCGUCCGUAGCUCAGCUCCUUCAUGAAAGAACGUUUGCCUUCUCAUUUUGGCCUAAGGAUCGAGUAAUGAUAAACCGAUUAGACAACAUCUGUGAAGCAGUGCUGAAAGGCAAAUGGCCGGUAAAUAGGCGCCAGAUGUUUGAUUUCCAGGGCCUCAUCCCCGGCUACCCGCCCCCCACCGCCGACAGUCCCCUGCAGAAGAGGAGCCUGGCCGAGCUGUCCGCGGGGGGCCAGGCGAGCAUCAGCGGCAGCGAGGACCUCACCGCUUCCCCGCGGUUGUCCAAGGAAGACGCCCUCAACCUCUCCGUCCCUCGCCAGCGGAGGAGGAGGAGGAGAAAGAUCGAAAUCGAGGCCGAAAGAGCUGCCAAGCGGCGAAACCUCAUGGAGAUGGUUGCCCAGCUGCGGGAGAAUCAGGUGGUCUCGGAAAACGGACAAGAGAAAGUUGUCGAUUUAUCAAAGGCCUCGAGAGAGGCAGCAAGCUCUACCUCAAAUUUUUCAUCUCUUACUUCAAAGUUUAUCUUGCCUAAUGUCUCGGCGCCCAUGUCUGAUGCCUUUAAGACUCAAAUGGAGCUGCUCCAGGCAGGCCUGUCCCGCGCGCCCGCCAGGCACCUGCUCAACGGCUCCCUCGUGGACGGAGAGCCUCCCAUGAAGAGGAGGCGGGGAAGGAGGAAAAACGUGGAGGGCCUCGACCUGCUGUUCAUGAGCCACAAACGGACGUCACUGAGUGCAGAGGAUGCUGAGGUGACCAAAGCUUUUGAAGAAGAUAUAGAGACCCCACCUACAAGAAACAUUCCUUCUCCUGGACAGCUGGACCCUGACACGCGGAUCCCUGUUAUAAAUCUCGAAGAUGGGACGAGGCUGGUGGGGGAAGAAGCUCCUAAAAACAAGGACUUAGUUGAAUGGCUGAAGCUGCAUCCCGCUUACACUGUUGAUAUGCCAAGUUACGUACCAAAGAAUGCAGAUGUGCUGUUUUCCUCAUUUCAGAAACCGAAACAGAAACGACACAGAUGUCGAAACCCUAAUAAAUUGGAUAUAAACACUUUGACAGGAGAAGAAAGGGUGCCUGUUGUCAAUAAACGAAAUGGGAAGAAGAUGGGUGGAGCUAUGGCGCCUCCGAUGAAGGAUCUACCCCGGUGGCUGGAAGAAAACCCCGAGUUUGCAGUUGCCCCAGACUGGACCGAUAUAGUCAAGCAGUCUGGUUUCGUUCCUGAGUCGAUGUUUGACCGUCUUCUCACUGGACCCGUGGUGCGGGGUGAAGGGGCGAGCCGGCGGGGUCGGAGGCCCAAAAGUGAAAUCGCCCGCGCCGCCGCCGCCGCCGCCGUGGCCUCCACGUCGGGCAUCAACCCCCUGCUGGUGAACAGCCUCUUCGCUGGGAUGGACCUGACGAGCCUGCAGAGCCUCCAGAACCUCCAGUCUCUGCAGCUGGCCGGCCUCAUGGGCUUCCCUCCGGGACUGGCCACGGCUACGGCCGCCGCCGCCGCGGGAGGCGACGCCAAGAACCCGGCCGCCGUGCUGCCCCUGGUGCUGCCGGGCGUGGCCGGCCUGCCCAGCAUGUUCGGGCUGGGCGGGCUGCUCAACACCCCGCUGUCCGCCGCCGCCGCCGCCGCUGCGGCCGCCGCCGCCGGCAACACCGCGGCCGCGGCCGGCCCCGCCGAGCCGGAAGACGGCGCGUGCAAAGCGGAGGAGAAGGGCAACGAGAACGAGGACGAGAACAAGGACUCGGAGAAAAGCGCAGACGCCGUUCCGGGCCCGGACUCUGCGAAUGGAUCUGUUGGUGCUGCUACUGCCCCGGCCGGCCUGCCCUCCAGCCCGCUCGCCUUCAACCCCUUCCUCCUGUCCACCAUGGCCCCGGGCCUCUUCUACCCGUCCAUGUUUCUACCUCCGGGACUGGGGGGAUUGACGCUGCCCGGCUUCCCCGCCUUGGCGGGGCUGCAGAACGCCGUGGGCUCCGGCGACGACAAGGCUCCCGACAAGGCCGAGGGGGGCGCCUUUCAGGAAGAGGAGACCCUCGAGGGCAGCGACGCCGAGGAGAGCCUGGACAAGACGGCGGAGUCCUCGGUCUUAGAAGACGAGAUAGCACAGGGCGAAGAGCUAGACUCACUCGACGGGGGGGACGAAAUAGAACACAAUGAAAAUGAUGGAUAACCAGUACCAGUUUCAGUUAAAGUGUUUAAAACUUUUGACAAGUGGUAGUCCUACUGUUUACACUCACAGUUAAUGUUCAUACCUAGUUUUAUAAGCUGUUCUGUAACAUAGUGUAGCAAAAGAAAAAAGAAGUCCAAGUCAUGUUAUACAGGUGUGUCAAAAGGUAUCUCGGUCAUUAAGUAUUGUGCAGUGCAUUAUUUAUUAUCCCUAGGAGAGAUGAAAUUUGAGAGAUGAUCAUGUCUUUUUAAGGAAACUUACAUAAUGCUCUGCUUUUUUGUUUUUUUGUUUUCCUUUUCCUUUUCUUUUGGUACCAUUGGUAUUAUAAUAAAGAGCAAUUUGUAACCAAGUGGCACGAAUGGAAGGAAGUGCUGCUCAAAGGAAGUUAUGAAGUUAUAUAUUUAAUUUUUUAAUUUUAAUUUUUUUGCUGUGAAGGUCAAGAUGAAAUUUACCAUACAUAUCACCCUUGCUCAUUUGUUUCCCUUUUUGACUACACGGGGGUUCCCACACUCGCGCAUCACACACAUCCAUACACUCUGACAAUCUCCACCUUGUGUGAACGUCUCUGUCCCGAGGCGCAGCAAUAAUAAGGCAGCUGUUGAAUGUGAAGGGUCCCUUUGGAAAUUAACCUACUGGGAGGGUUCUUGCCAGACAGAACUGCAGUUCCAUUGUCUCGUGGUCUUGUAAUGCACUGGUAUAAACAAAAUAAAUAGAUGAAUAAAUAAAGAGUGAGAGAAGAGAGAAUCAGGUACCUUUUUUAAAUUAAAGGACUUUGUUACUUUAGCCACAAGCUAAAACAGCAUUACCUCAGCUCUAAACUAGCCUUGAAGUUUACAGACAUGACUUUGUAAAUGUAUUGUUUUUCUUUGUUGUGAUGUCCUUUUAUUUUUUUUUUCCUUUGAAAACUGCUAUCAUGUAAGAUAAAAUGUAAAUUGCUGCCAACUGUAGUAAUGAUGCUUUUAAUAAAAGUGACCCAUGAUAUGCAGAGAUGUAAUUAUAGAAUGUAGUAGGGUAGGGGAACUGGUUUCACUCUAUUUUUUUGUAUUCGCAAUAGAUGCAAAUACA